UCAGCUCCCCAAUCUCACUUCGUCCAGCGUCAAGCGCCAGUUCAAGCCAAGUUCAGCCGACAACAAAAUGAAGGUGUUCAUCUGCCUGAUUGCCUGUUUCAGCCUGGUUAAUUCCGGAUUCAUUGGAGGUGGUGGCAGCAGUGGUUGGUCCUCCGGCGGCGGUGGUGGUUGGUCCUCCGGCGGCGGUGGUGGUGGCUGGUCCUCCGGCGGCGGCAGUACACCCACCAUUGUCAAGGUCAUCAGCGAGGAGGCUCCCCAUGGAGGCGGCGGUUGGGCCAGUGGAUACUCCGGCGGCCACUCCCACGGAGGAGAGGAGCUGAAGAUCAUCAAGGUGAUCAGCGAGGGCGGCCACUCCCACGGUCACGGCCACGAUCACGGACAUGGACACUCCCACGGAGGCGAGGUGAAGAUCAUCAAGGUCAUCCAGGAGGAGCAGUCCCACGGCCAUGGUCACGGCUACGACUACUCCAGCGGAGGCCAUGGACACGGUCACGCCGCCGAGGAGAUCAAGAUCAUCAAGCUGAUCAGCUCCGGAAUCGCCGAUGGCGGAAGCUCUGGUGGCUGGUCAUCCGGUGGAUCCUCUGGUGGUUGGUCCUCUGGUGGAUCCUCUGGUGGUUGGUCCUCCGGCGGAUGGAACUAAGAUGAUUCCCGGAUAACGGUAAUCCAGUGCCACGAUGUCAACUCCCUUGUUCCUUGUUGUUGGAGCUGUGCGUCGAUUUUGGCCUUUUUGAAGCUACGAAGUUAUUUUUAAGAUAGUGCACGCGUUUUGUGUGUGCGCUUAAAAGCCAUUAUUUUUUUUUUUGUUAAUUGUUUACAAAAUAUAUGAAAGAUACAAAAAAAAAACUA